AUGAUGAAAAACUCUAAAAUCCUAAUUGCUCUAGUAGCUACCUUAUGUAUAGUUAGUAGUCGUAUUUCUGCAAUGGAAGUAGUUGUAGAUCUUACCCAGAAUAGCGAAGACUUAAAUGCAAUAGUUGAGACUUAGGCUGUUAUUGGAGACACUGUAAAGAUUCAAAUUAGAGAAAACCCAAGCACUGGUUCCAUUUGGAUUAUAGUCAACAGAGCUUCAAAUGAGACAACAAUUCUCACUAAUGAAUCACUUAGCUUUGUCCCAGACCACAAGUAAGAGGGUUUUACUGGAGUUGGUGGGGUAAAGACCUUUUCUCUAGAUGCCAAAAAAGUUGGAUCAGAGACUGUUCAACUCGUUCAUGGUCAAGUCUGGGUCUUAAACAAACUUUUUGAUCCCACUACUGGUGCUGCUAGCCUCGAAAAAGCUCAUGAAAUGAAAAUUCAGUCAAGAUAGAUUCUCAUCAAGGUAGUAGCCGUCAAAGCUCCUGAAAUUCCACAAGAUUUAUUAUUCCUUGCUUGA